AUGGUCAACGACGAUGUUAUCACCGUGGCACCGAACCCUCAAACGCAGCAAGGUUCUCGAGAAGAACCCACCAGAAACAACGACUGUUGGGACUUCGAAAACAUGGGAAGCCAUCUCCAGGUAACACAUAUCGAUGGUACCGUCACAAAUGUCGACAGAGAUGCUCUCGGCACACUGUUCUCGUCGGGCAGUACCAGAGCCCAAGCAUUGGCUAGCACAGCUGCAUGGAUGAGCUGGGUAGCACCCGGGAACACGAGUGUGCUGUUCCACACAGACCUACCUCAGUCAGACAAGUUCAUGGGAAGCUCCAUUAGCUUUCUCUUCGUCGGUCGACUUUCGGACCUGUACGGACGGAGGUGGAUCAUCUUAGGAACCUCCUUUCUGGGAGUCGCCGGCUGCGUUCUCGGCUCCUUUGCGAUCAACGCCGAGAUACUCAUCGCCGCCAACAUCUGCAACGGAAUAGCUGCUGCUGCCCAGCUACCUCUCGGAAUUGCUGUAGCAGAACUCGUCGCGAACCAGGCUAGAACAAGAACGGUUGCCCUUACUACCCUGCCACCAAUCAUUACCGCUGUUUUGGGCACUGUCAUAGUCCAAAAUCAUGCGCCCGAGGGUCAUCCUUCGCAAUGGCGGUGGGGCUAUUACGCGGGAGCCUUUUUUGCUUUCUUCUCCUUUCUCUUGUACCUGGUAGUCUACCACCCACCUUCGUAUAGGCAGCUCAACGUCGCUGGGAAGACAGAGCUUGAGAUGACCAAGCACUUGGACUUCGUCGGCGUCUUCCUUUAUGUCUCUGGCUGCGUUUUGUUGCUGCUCGGGUUCUGCUUAGGAGCCUCGUCAUAUCCUUCUGUUGGCAAGGAGGUCAUUGGCACCCUAGUCGGUGGAUUUGCAGCGCUGGUCUUGUUCGUACUCUACGAAGCAUUUUCCACCACGGAACAGCCUCUCAUGCCCCCAAAGAUGUUCAAGAAUGUUCACUUCACAAGUCUCGUCACUUGUGCAACUUUCGCCUCAACGAUUUUCUACGUCCUCACAAUUCUCUGGCCGUUCGCUAUCGGAAAGGUUUUCAACAAGCGCUCAGUAGACGUCGCUUGGUUUGGGGUACUGCUGGUUCUUGGUGCCACACUGGGCAUAUUCCUGGCGGCUUCUCCGAAACUACGUGGUAAACGUGUCAAGAUACAGUGCGUCGUGGCGUCAUUCCUGGUUGUGGCUCUCACGACUCCAUUAUGCACUAUAUCGCCUGGUGGCCAUCAACGACUGAUCGUUCUAUUGGGCAUAUCUGCGUCCUUUGCUCUAGGUUACCUUGUUGCCAUUGUCAUCACCGGCGUUACGUUUGUGUGGGAAGCGCAAGACAUAGGCCUCGCAUCGGGAGUCCUCGGUGCAAUGUGCAGCCUGGGCUGUGCCUUCUCGAGGACAUUGUUUACCUUGUUGUUGCGGAAAAAGCUGGAGGAGGAAUUGACCAAGGCCGUUCUUCCAGCUGUUCUGAGCGCUGGCCUGUUGCCUGAGACAAUGUUACAACUGGGCGCCGUCAUCAGAGAGCAGGCAACGAAGAACGGAAACACCAACUUGACGACGUUCACGUCAUUGAACACAACAACCAAGCUUGCGAUAACCAACGCUAUUCAAACCGGAUACGCCAAUUCACUUCGAUCGAUCUUCCUCUUCAUCAUCCCUUUUUCUGUUAUCCUCCUGAUUGGCGCUAGCUUCCUUCCAGAUCUGGACCAGUUCAAUCCCGUCAAAGUUGCACGAAGACUGCAAGAGCCCAAUGAAUACGCGCCCCAGAACAAUAGAGAAGCGGCCGAACAACCAGGCCUUGAGUUGUCAAUGCUUGGUCGGCGUGUAUCAGCCACAGAGGCAACCUGA